CUUCUUUUCCUCGAUUCCUGCCGAUAACGCGAAUCUCCCGUCGCUGAAAGGCAAAGAUUCCCAUGCCACUGCGAAAAUCCCGAUGCGAGGAUGUCUGCAGUUAGCCAGAUGGCUGAGCGCAGCGCCGAAUUGCCCAGCUACAACCCGGCUCAGACUGCAUUCCAGCUUCUAUAAUAAUGCCGCGCGGUUCUUCUCCAGCUCCGUCGCAAGGAACGCGUCCCCACCGAAGAAGCCUGUCUCUGACCUCGAGAAACGGAUUGCGGAGAUUCCGAUUGAACGAUUCCGCAAUUUCUGCAUCGUCGCUCAUGUCGACCAUGGCAAGAGUACCCUCUCCGACAGGUUACUUGAACUGACGGGCACCAUCGAGCCCGGGCAGAACAAGCAGGUUUUAGACAAGCUUGAUGUUGAACGUGAACGGGGUAUUACCGUGAAGGCGCAGACAUGCUCGAUGAUCUAUAACUACAAGGGGGAAGAUUAUCUGCUACAUCUGGUCGAUACUCCAGGACAUGUGGAUUUUCGUGCCGAAGUUUCGCGCAGUUAUGCCAGUUGCGGAGGCGCAUUGCUCCUCGUCGAUGCGAGCCAGGGUGUUCAGGCUCAAACAGUUGCGAAUUUCUAUCUGGCAUUUGCCCAGGGACUGGAGUUGAUACCUGUGAUCAAUAAGGUAGAUCUGCCUUCGGCUGACCCAGAGCGGGCUCUUGAGCAGAUGAGAAGCUCCUUUGAGAUUGAUACUAGUAAUGCGGUGAUGGUUUCUGCCAAGACUGGGUUGAAUGUCGAACAGCUGCUCCCUGCAGUGAUUGAGAGGAUCCCAGCACCGGUUGGUGAUCGGAAUAAGCCUCUGCGUAUGUUACUUGUCGAUUCCUGGUAUGAUAACUACAAGGGUGUCGUUCUCCUGGUGCGUAUAUUCGACGGUGAAGUCAAAGCCGGAGACCAGCUCAUAUCAUUUGCAACUGGGAUCAAAUACUUCGUCGGCGAAGUCGGACUUAUGUACCCGAAUGAGACUCCUGCGACCAUUCUCCGUGCUGGACAGGUGGGCUAUCUGUACUUCAAUCCUGGUAUGAAACGUAGCCAGGAGGCCAAGGUCGGGGACACCUACACGAAAGUCGGUUCCCAGAAGCAAGUGGAACCGCUUCCUGGCUUCGAAGAACCAAAGUCAAUGGUCUUCGUCGCUGCAUAUCCGGUGGAUGCCGACCACUUUGAGCACCUGGAAGACAGUAUCAACCAGCUCAUGCUCAACGACAGGAGUAUAACCGUCCAGAAGGAAUCUUCGGAGGCUCUCGGUGCCGGUUUCCGGCUUGGAUUCUUAGGCACUCUACAUUGUUCUGUUUUUGAGGACCGUCUUCGACAGGAGCAUGGUGCCAGCAUCAUCAUCACCCCUCCGACAGUGCCAGUUAAAGUGAUUUGGAAGGAUGGGAAGGAAGAGAUCAUCACAAAUCCCGCGCGCUUUCCCAACGAAGAUGAUGUGCGCCUGAAGAUCGCCGAGGUCCAAGAACCUUAUGUCCUGGCGACCCUAACGUUCCCCGACGAGUACUUGGGCAAGGCGAUUGAAUUGUGCGAAGCAAACCGAGGCGAGCAGAAGAGCCUCGAAUACUUCACACCGACUCAGGUCAUUCUCAAAUACGAGCUACCACUAGCACAGUUGGUUGAUGACUUCUUUGGGAAGCUGAAAGGAUAUACAAAGGGUUACGCCAGUCUAGACUACGAGGAGGCCGGGUGGCGAGCAAGCCGUAUCGUGAAGCUACAGCUUCUUGUGAACAAGGCCCCCGUUGAUGCAGUCUCACGACUUGUGCACUGGAGCCAAGUGAACCGGCUUGGAAGACAAUGGGUGACCAAAUUCAAGGAGCAUGUCGAUCGACAGCUUUUCGAAGUAAUCAUUCAAGCUGCCGUUGGUCGCAACGUCGUAGCGCGAGAAACUAUCAAGCCAUACCGGAAAGAUGUACUGGCAAAGCUCCAUGCCAGCGACGUCUCCCGACGGAGGAAGCUGUUGGAGAAGCAGAAGGAGGGUCGGAAGAAGCUGAAGGCAGUAGGAAAUGUGGUGAUUGAACAUAAGGCUUUCCAGGCUUUUCUGGCGAAGUAGGAUUGGAAGCGCCUCUCCGUCUAGCACACGCAAGACUCUCCCUAUAUAUGUCACUAUAGACUUUUUAUUCUAUCAUCACGGAGACUCCCUUUUGGAAUGCCACCACCUUCAUGAGGGUUGCUCAGGGUGAUACUCAGUGCGUAUUUCUCAUCAAUACUGCGCUAGUAUAUAUAUAGAGCAGAUUCUCCGAGAUUUUGAACAGGAAUUUGAUGACCUAACGAGUGUAUUGAGUAGUUGGUUGAGCGAAGGAGCUCAGGGUGGGAAAACGGCUGAUACUUAUUCCCCUGGGUAAACAAAUUAUGCAAAUUUGUGAAGGUGGGCGAUGAGUUGAGUUCCUGAAACUAAUUAUAUUGGAGGUGUAACUUGUAUUGUAUUCC